GACUCCUCUUAUUGGACGUGGCUGCGUUCGGCCGCCCAAUGGCGAGGCAGCGCGCGGCUUCCCGGAAGUGGCGGCGCGGUCAGGGCUGGCCUUGGCUUCAGCUGCGGUUUUGGGGUCCCGGACGCUGGGAUCGGCGGCGCUAUGAGUUCUUUCGAGGGGCAGAUGGCCGAGUAUCCAACUAUCUCCAUAGACCGCUUCGAUAGGGAGAACCUGAGGGCCCGCGCCUACUUCCUGUCCCACUGCCACAAAGAUCACAUGAAAGGAUUAAGAGCCCCUACCUUGAAAAGAAGGUUGGAGUGCAGACACACCUGAUCACAUACAAGCGCGUAUUUCCAAGUAACAAUGGUGAGGGACCACUGUUGGAGGAGGUCCAGGGACACCGUGUUUCCACCCCCACCUUGUGCUCUUGGUGGCACUGAAAUGGUGCGCAUAGCUUGAAGGUUUAUCUAUACUGUUCACCUGUGACUAAGGAGUUGUUGUUAACGAGCCCAAAAUACAGAUUUUGGAAGAAACGAAUUAUAUCUAUUGAAAUCGAGACUCCUACCCAGAUAUCUUUAGUGGAUGAAGCAUCAGGAGAGAAGGAAGAGAUUGUUGUGACUCUCUUACCAGCUGGUCACUGUCCGGGAUCAGUUAUGUUUUUAUUUCAGGGCAAUAAUGGAACUGUCCUGUACACAGGAGACUUCAGAUUGGCGCAAGGAGAAGCUGCUAGAAUGGAGCUUCUGCACUCCGGGGGCAGAGUCAAAGACAUCCAAAGUGUAUAUUUAGAUACUACGUUCUGUGAUCCAAGAUUUUACCAAAUUCCAAGUCGGGAGGAGUGUUUACGUGGGGUCUUAGAGCUGGUCCGCAGCUGGAUCACGCGGAGCCCGUACCAUGUUGUGUGGCUGAACUGCAAAGCGGCUUAUGGCUAUGAAUAUUUGUUCACCAACCUUAGUGAAGAAUUAGGAGUCCAGGUUCAUGUGAAUAAGCUAGACAUGUUUAGGAACAUGCCUGAGAUCCUUCAUCAUCUCACAACAGACCGCAACACUCAGAUCCAUGCAUGCCGGCAUCCCAAGGCAGAGGAAUAUUUUCAGUGGAGCAAAUUACCCUGUGGAAUUACUUCCAGAAAUAGAAUUCCACUCCACAUAAUCAGCAUUAAGCCAUCCACCAUGUGGUUUGGAGAAAGGAGCAGAAAAACAAAUGUAAUUGUGAGGACUGGAGAGAGUUCAUACAGAGCUUGUUUUUCUUUUCACUCCUCCUACAGUGAGAUUAAAGAUUUCUUGAGCUACCUCUGUCCUGUGAACGCAUAUCCAAAUGUCAUUCCAGUUGGCACAACUAUGGAUAAAGUUGUCGAAAUCUUAAAGCCUUUAUGCCGGUCUUCCCAAAGUACGGAGCCAAAGUAUAAACCACUGGGAAAACUGAAGAGAGCUAGAACAGUUCACCGAGACUCAGAGGAGGAAGAUGACUAUCUCUUUGAUGAUCCUCUGCCAAUACCUUUAAGGCACAAAGUUCCGUACCAGGAAACUUUUCACCCUGAGGUAUUUUCAAUGACUGCAGUAUCAGAAAAGCAGCCUGAAAAACUGAGACAAACCCCAGGAUGCUGCAGAGCAGAGUGUAUGCAGAGCUCUCGUUUCACGAACUUUGUAGAUUGUGAAGAAUCCAACAGUGAAAGUGAAGAAGAAGUAGGAAUCCCAGCUUCACUGCAAGGAGAUCUGGGCUCUGUACUUCACCUGCAAAAGGCUGAUGGGGAUGUACCCCAGUGGGAAGUAUUCUUUAAAAGAAAUGAUGAAAUCACAGAUGAGAGUUUGGAAAACUUCCCUUCCUCCACAGAGGCAGGGGGAUCUCAGUCACCAAAGCUUUUCAGUGACUCUGAUGGAGAAUCAACCCACAUCUCCUCCCAGAAUUCUUCCCAGUCAACACACAUAACAGAACAAGGAAGUCAAGGCUGGGACAGCCAAUCUGAUACUGUUUUGUUAUCUUCCCAAGAGAGAAACAGUGGGGAUAUUACUUCUUUGGACAAAGUUGACUACAGACCAACAAUCAAAGAGAAUAUUCCUGCCUCUCUCAUGGAACAAAAUGUAAUUUGCCCAAAGGAUACUUACUCUGAUUUGAAAAGCAGAGAUCAAGAUGUGACAAUAGUUCCUAGUACUGGAGAACCAACUACUCUAAGCAGUGGGACACAUAUACCCGAGGAAAAACGUUUGCUAAAUCUUAGCACAAAUGCAGAUUCCCAGAGCUCUUCUGAUUUUGAAGUUCCCUCAACUCCAGAAGCUGAGUUACCUAAACGAGAGCAUUUACAAUAUUUAUAUGAGAAGCUGGCAACCGGUGAGAGUAUAGCAGUCAAAAAAAGAAAAUGCUCACUCUUAGAUACCUAAGAAUUCAAAGUGCUUCAACCUAGAGCAACCACUAAAAAACCUGCACAGAGAUGACAGUCAAUAUUACAAUAGAGAAAAUAUAGUACUUAAAAAUGUUCAAAUAACCUGGUUGGGUGUGGUGGCUCACACUUGUAAUCCCAGCACUUUGAGGUGGGCAAUGGCUUGAGCCCAGGAGUUCGACACCAGCCUGGCCAACACAGUGAGAUGUGUCUCUACUUACAAAAAAAAAAAAAAAAAAGCCAGGCAUAGUGGUAGGCUACUCUGGAGGCUGAGGUGAGAGGAUCACUGGAGCCCAGGAGAUUGAGGCUGCAGUGAGCCAUGACUGUGCCACUGCACCUCUAGUCUGGGUGACAGAGCAAGACCCUGUUUAAAAAAGAAAAAGGCCAGGCACGGUGGCUCAUGCCUGUAAUCCCAGCUACUCAGGAGGCAAAGGCAGGAGAAUCACUUGAACCUGGGAGGUGGUGGUUGCAGUGAGCUGAGAUUGUGUCAUUGCACUCCAGCCUGGGCAACAAGAGCAAAACUCUGUCUCAAAAAAAAGAAAAAAAAGAAAAAAGAAAAAAAAAUGGUAGAACUAAACCCAAACGUAUCAAUGAUUACAUUAAAUGUAAAUGGUCUAAGCACAUCAAUGACAAGAGACAUGGAAAAAACCAACAUAACCCAGUGACUGCUGUCUAUAAAGAAAGUCAAUUCAAGUGACUGAUAGGUUAAAAGGAUGGAAAAAAGACCAUGUAAACAAUUAAAAAUGGAGUGGUUAUAUGGACAGUUUCCUAAUGAUAAAAGGUCUAGUUCACCAAGAAGACAAAAUAAUCCUAAACGUAUAUGCACCUAACAGCUCCAAAAAUUUAUGAAGCUAGAACAGCUGAAAAGAGACAAACUAAUGCACAAUUACAGCUAGGGAUUAAUUUAACAUCCCUCCUUAGUAACAGAACUAGUAUAUAUACAUUAAUCAGUAAGAAUAUAGAACUGAAAAUCAUAAGCCGACUGGAUUAAAUUGACAUUUAUAGAACACACCACCCCAAACUAGCAGAAUGUAUCUCCUGAAGUACACAUGGAACAUUCAGCAUGAUCAUAUCUUUGCUCAUAAACACACCUGAUUUAAAUUGACAAACUUGGAUCUAGUAUGAUAAACCGAUGGCUAUAGACAAAAUCAGCACCUUAUUUAUCCCCAAAGAUGUUAAAUCACUUAACCUUGAUGUGAAUAUGGUGGCAAAAUUAGAAGCGGACAAUUAGAAUAUAAAAGAAAAUGCUCAAGAAUUAAAUGGUGGCCAGGCACAGUAACUCCUGCCUGCAAUCCCAGUACUUUGGGAGGCUCCCUUGAGCUCAGGGUUUUGAGUCCAGCCUGGGCAACACACAGGGAGACACUGUCUCUACAAAAUGUUAGCCAAGCAUGGUGGUGUGCACCUGUAGUCCUAGCUACUUGGAAGGCUUAGGUGGCAGGAUGGAUUGAGCCCAGGAGGUUGAAACUGCAGUGAGCUGAUUGUGCCCAGCCUGGGCAACAAAGCAAGACCCCAUCUCAAGAAAAAUAAAAAAAAAAAACUAAAGUA